UUUGAUCGGCUGAAAAAGCUAAAACAAGGAACAAAAUCGUCGUUUGUGUUAUCAAUUCUCCUCGUUCGCGGUGGGUUAGGAUAUUGAGCGAUGCAGACGAUCGCAAAACAUUGCCCGUGGAUGCAGUGAACCGUUCCGUAGCAAACAUAUCAAAGAGUGCUGUGAGUUCUAGCUUAGCUCCAAAGUCAAUCAAAACCCGCGUACGAGACUUUCCGGUUGGUCCCCAAGAGAAAAAGUGGUUGUUGAAGGAAAAGAAACCUAGAGAAGCAUAUUAUUUUACGGGUGAAGACGGAGCAAAUACGGGUUGCAAAUGUUGUUAAAUAUUCACGACUCGUCACAGCUGGCCGAUAGCCGACGGUUAGGAACCGUGCUCUUAUUCCUAUUAAUAGAACUGUUUUUCGAAGGGGCCGAAACUGCCUCACAAGCUGAAAUCGAUCGGCAUCUAGAGAUUGGUAGAGACUUCUUGGCCCGAGGUCAGCUAUCGGAUGCGUUAACGCACUAUCAUGCGGCAGUGGAGGGCGACCCGAACAACUACCUUACCUACUUUAAGCGUGGCACAGUUUACUUCGCCCUCGGGAAGGCCAAAUUUGCAAUUAGCGACUUUACGCGCGUGCUCGACCUGAAGCCCGACUUCAUGGCGGCCCGGGCACAGCGUGGUUCCGUGUACCUGAAGAUGGGCGACUUCGAGAACGCCGAGAUGGAUCUGAUGGUGGUGCUGCGCAUGGAUCCACACAACCCGGAGGCAAACAUGCACUUUAGCCGCAUUGGACCGGCCCGCGACCAGUGGGUGCUGUGCGUGGAUUUGAUGGAACGGGGCGAUUUUAACACGGCCAUCGCGCUGCUAACACAGCUGCUCGAAGUGUGUCCCUGGUCGGUGCCGAUCCGGGAGUCGCGUGCCCAAAUGUACCUACGCAUCGGUGACCGAAUGGCGGCGGUAAGUGAUUUCCGCUCGGUGAACCGACUGUCCCAGGACAGCACGGAAGGAUACUAUCAGCUGGCGCGCAUCCUGUACGACAUUGGUGAUUCUGGUGCGGCACUGAAGGAGAUCCGUGAGUGCCUCAAACUAGACCCCGAACACAAAGACUGCUUCCCGUUUUACAAGAAAAUCAAAAAGAUCGACAAAGUGUACGUGGAUGCACAACAGGCACAGGAAGAGCAGCGAUACGCGGACUGUAUUGCCGGAGGCGAGAAGCUAGUCAAGCUGGAACCGGACGUACCGAUGAUUGUGUACAAUGGUAAGCAGCUGCUGUGCAGCUGUCUGGUAAAGGAGGAAGAGUUCACUGAUGCUGUCGUACGGUGCCGGGAGGCGCUCGACAUCUAUCCCGAUCCGGAGGUGAUGUGUGACCGGGCCGAAGCGUUGAUAGGUGCGGAGAUGUAUGACGAGGCCAUCGCACAGUACCGCGAGGCGCUCGAGAUUAACGACAAUCUGCAGCGGGCAAAGGAUGGCAUCGAACAUGCGCAGCGCGUCCAGAAGCAGAGCGAGCGCCGAGACUAUUACAAAAUUCUCAACGUAAAGCGAACCGCCACGAAGCAGGAAAUUGUGAAAGCAUACCGAAAAGCGGCCCAAAAGUGGCACCCGGACAAUUUCCAGGGCGAUCAAAAGAAAAUGGCCGAAAAGAAAUUCAUCGACGUCGCGGCUGCGAAGGAGGUGCUGACGGAUCCGGAAAAGAGGAGACAGUUCGACGCCGGGCAGGAUCCGCUGGACCCCGAAGCAGGCCGAAAUGGGUUCGGUGGAGGUAAUCCUUUCCAUCACUUCCAUCACGGGUCACCCUUCCAGUUUAAGUUCCACUUUACGUAAUGUGGUCGAACGGUUCUGUACUUCCUUCCUGCGCGCGCUCCGCAAACAAAGCCCUUCCUUUUCGUUCCUUUCGUUAGUUAGUUAUCGCUGUCGGUCGGACGGUGCGGUGCAUUGUCACACCGGACAGCAGAAGGAAACAGGAAAAUCAUGCAACCCCAUUUGCGACAGGCUCUCAGGUGAUCAUUUUUGCAUACUUCGCUAGGGAAUGUGUGGUUGGAGCAUGAAAGCUCACUUACGUUUAGAUACAGUUCUGUGCAUAUACAGAGCUCUAACCGGAAACAACGUGUGCCAGCUUUAAUUUAUUUUUCGUCCGAUAGGCCUUUUGUUUACGCUGUACAAAUUCACACAAUUGAUGAAAGAUUAAUUUUAACAGCAACUUUCGACACUCUUUGCAGCACGUGGUACGGAAGAAUGAAAUUGGCCAAUAAAGCAAAACCAUUUAUCUUUUGUAAACUGUAAAGUUUUUAGUGAAACAGUUCUCGUUAGCAGUGGGGAUCACUCAAGCGAAGCAAUAGUGAUGCGCACCCGUAUAUGGUUCAUAAAUUACCGCUAAGGCAAACAAGUACGGCAGAAAAGGGAACAUGCAUUCUCUAUUAGAAAAAAAGGGCACCUGUCGAUAGACUGAAACGGUUGAUGAUGCGAGAGAUCGAACGAAGCAUAAGAAAAGGCUUGUUAACGUGUUUUGUACAUAUUAAUACCGCUUUGGUCACAAUCUAAAAGCUAAAACAAUAUAAUAAACCUCUUAGUGAUAUUAGU